ACUACAGUACGUCGUUAGAGCUAAACUUGCCAAGUGUUUCGUGUGUCCUUCGAGGACACCGGAGCUGAUAUGCGGCGUACGGCAAUCUUGUUUUGUGCUGCUUGCACUUACACGUGUGCAAAUUGAUAGUUUACGUCUAGUUGCUUGGGACGCGUACAGUACUUAUUGUUAUUGUCGCUCAAGGUAUUGUACUAGUAGCGCCAGUAGUACUGAAAUUCCGGCUCAAGCAGCUGUUCGUUAACUCAACUGCAAUAUGGACCGUCUUACACAUGCGACUGGAAGCAUUUGCUUUAUUCUAUUGCAUAUGGCAAAUGCUGACGACGACUUUCGUGAAAAAAUGAGAAAGAAGUAUGCUAAGCCUGCACUCCCUUUUUGGGCUAUCAUCACCGUAAUCCUCAUUUUGGCCACAUUUGUGACAAGCUGUAUCAUGUUUUGGUGUGUCUUCUACCCAAGAAGACGACAGGCACUGGCAAUGAUGCAAUCUGGCCCCUAUGAGCCACCAACGUUGGGUCCAGCUCCGAUUCCAGGUCCAGUGAUGUCAGGUGCACCUACUCGCAGCCACCCAGAAGCGUAUCCUCUCAUACCCGGUGGAUCCGCAUCUCUGAAUAUGCUGAAUACACAACAGAAAGGUUGUCAAGAAGAGAGAAGUCCUCUCUACCCCAAGGAUGGAUUCUACUCUGAUUAUAGCAGCUCGUCCCUGCCCCAGCUACCCACAGCAACAAUGCCAUCUGCGCCACCUCAACCACCGCCCCCUUAUGGCAACUGAAAGAACUAGCAUCACCUCGACCUUCGUGGAUGCAAUGGGCUGGCCACGGUGGCACACUCUGCUGUUGAGUUGGAAGUUGCAAGAUUUUACCCCAAUGGGAACACAAUGCAAAAGCGCUACUGUGGUCAUAGCAUGUCCCUGCCACAAUCGCCCACAGCACCAAUGCCAUCUGCGCAUUCGCUUAUAACAAGAAAAAAUGUAUGUAGAUCCAAUGCUCAUGUUGGAAUCUAUGUGAAGCGAAGCUUUAGUGAUGCAGUUAAUGAAGUGUUAUUACAAGUAAAUUUGAUGCGUACAAUAGUAUUUAUUUUCAUUGUGUGAAAUGUGUAAUCUCAUGCAAUGUUUGCGCGCCGUAGAAAGUCGCAAGCUAUGCUGGAAUGCAAACACCAAAUGAGGCAAACGCAUUGCGAGACAACGAUUCAGCAAUGUCAUUAGGGCAAAGGCAAUGUAUGUUGCUUGUGGAUGACAUACAUUUAAGGAUUCAAUACCCCUUGUGCCACAGUGGCACAUUGUGGAGGGUUUGUGAAGAAUUGGCACAUUCACUGUAGCACAUAACCAUUGCCGCAUACCCAGUGGCCCAGGAAUAGUGUAGUGCAAAUAUAAGAAAUUUAAGAAAAUCAAUGAAGCUGUUGCGUAUUGUGCAUUAUUCCAUUAAAGGGUCUAUGUGCUUUUAAGAUACCUAUGAGCCGACAUUACAUGUGCAGGUUUUAUGUUGCGAUUUAUUGUUUCGCUAGGUAGAAGAAGGACGCACUCACUGCCACUACUUCGUCGGUCAGUGGGCAGUGCUAUAUAAUGCUGGUUUACUAGAGCCUAGCUCUCAUGCCUAUUAUGUGAGAAACUGAUCAGCGACAACCCACGCCAAACAACGGUGUUGUAGGCAAAGAAAGUUUAAAAUUGCACAUCCACUUACGACACGUUCUUCAAACCAAGAGACAUUUUUUAAGCCACAUUGCUCAAACCCACGCUAAAUGUAGCUUAAA